GCCGCGGCAACGGCAACGGUGGCGGCGGGGCGGAGCCGUUGCCGAGCUGAGGCGGCAGCGCGGAAGGAAGGAGCCGGAGAUGGUGGCCGCGGCCGGGGGCCUGCAGCUCCGCUUCGCCUCGCUCUUGGCCGCGGCGCUGCUGGCGCUGCUGGCUCUGCAGCCGCCGCCUGGCAGCCUGGCCGGGGCCAGCCUGGCCGAGAACGUGGUCUGGGCCGUCAACGCGGGCGGGGAGGCCCAUGUGGACGUCCACGGCAUCCACUUCCGGAAGGACCCCCUGGAGGGACGGGUGGGACGAGCUUCCGAUUAUGGUAUGAAAUUGCCCAUCUUGCGCUCCAACCCUGAGGAUCAGAUUCUCUACCAGACGGAACGUUACAAUGAGGAAACCUUUGGCUACGAGGUCCCGAUCAAGGAAGAGGGCGACUAUGUCCUGGUGCUGAAGUUCGCUGAAGUCUAUUUUGCACAGUCGCAGCAGAAGGUUUUUGAUGUGCGUCUAAACGGCCACAUGGUGGUGAAGGACUUGGACAUCUUUGACAGAGUGGGACACAGCACUGCUCACGAUGAGAUUAUCCCCAUCAGCAUAAAGAAGGGGAAGCUGACUGUGCAGGGAGAAGUUUCUACCUUCACAGGAAAGCUUAACAUCGAGUUUGUCAAGGGGUACUAUGAUAAUCCAAAAAUCUGUGCACUGUAUGUCCUCGCAGGAACAAUGGAUGAUGUUCCAAAGCUUCAGCCUCACCCAGGCCUGGAGAAGAAAGAGGAGGAGGAAGAUGAAGAGGAGUACGAAGACGGGUCUAGCCCUAAAAAGCAGGCCAAUAAGAACCGGGUCCAGUCAGGCCCCCGCACACCCAAUCCCUAUGCCUCGGACAACAGCAGCCUCAUGUUCCCGAUCCUAGUGGCCUUUGGCGUCUUCAUUCCAACCCUCUUCUGCCUUUGCAGGUUGUGAAAAAGACAGCAAGCACAGUUGGUCUGCAAGCCAGGGCGGAGGAGUUGGGCCGGAUGUGGAGUCGGUCCCAGCUUCCCCCUAUUUAAGGAAAACAAUGGCUUUUUAAGGAGCAGCAGGUACAAUAAAGGGAGAGUUUGCACCCCCCUCAGCAGAACUUUGGGUCUUGGCCAGCUGUGGGCCAGCAGCAGCAGCAGCAGCAGCAGCAGGCACCUUUCCUGGCCAGGUGGUCUUAAAGCAGGGCCUGGAUCUUUGGGGCAGCGAAUCCUGCAACGAGCAAGAUGGAGUCCAUCGGGGCGGGAGGAAAGGCACACGAUCCAAAGGUUGGCUGGAAAGAAAAGCGGCCCCUGAGCAGCCUUGCUGGAAGGAUCCACGGGAGUGGAGGUGGGGGUUAGGUAGACAUCCACUAGGACAUUUGUAGCUCAACCCAUGGUACUUAUUUCCUCCUCCGAAUGGGGAGGCUCACCUUGACGGAUUGAUGUUUGGUCAACAUGCUUUUGGUUACGGGACAGGUUGAGUAGGUAAUCAAGGUCACCUGUUCCGCCAGGCAUUCUGAGGAGAUUUUACAUUCAGGCAAGUGCUUUCCCUGGUCAGGACAAUUCUGGCAAGUCUUUUGAGUUGUCUGAUUUAGAGAAUUCCCUCUCACCGCCACCCCUGGUGUAACUUCAGUCUGUUUCUCUGCCCCAUCCCAUCCUCCCAACUGCUGUGAUUCCACUCUUAGCUCCUCUUCCCAUUCCAUGUUACGUGGCAAAAAGUUGACCAGCCGAAGCUGGCACUCCAGCGGGCACGUAGGAAGCUUCCCUGAUGGCCUUCCAUUUUUUUUGUGCCUGGAGACUUCCCACAAUCCAAGGUGGCGUCUCCUUUUCCCUGCUUUCCGCCCAGAGCUAGAAAACUCAAAAGGGUUUUUGUCUUUGAGCUUCUUCAGCCGUUCAGACUUGGCUUCAAGGCAACUUUUGAAAGAGGUGCGAGCCCUUUGAAGGGAUCCCGCUGGCCGUUCCUCUCUCAGGUCUUUUUGUGGCCACAGUCCACAGUGUCCUUAAAAGGUGCUUCCUGCUGUGGAGCGCAGAUUGUAUUGUAAGCAAAGGCAGGGUGGCUCGAGUCUAACCUACGGAAAAAUUCCCUCCUUGGGUUGUUGGGACUGCUGUGGUUAUCUUCCCUAAAUAUUUACUAGGCUCUAAGGAAUAUUUCUCUCGGUCUCUUUUGAUGUGGCUUUCUGGUUUUCCAUUUGCUCUAGGUAUAUAAGUGGAAUCUGGGCAAAACAAAGGCAGAGUUGAAGACAUUUUCCUCAAUGGCCUUUUCACACAGAGCAAGAUGAUUGUACCUGUCAGUCAGCCAGUUGAUAUUCAGCUCAUGGUUGCUUGAGCUCCGCAGCAGCCAGGUUGUGCCACCGUAUUUAAUGUUUGAUCCUAUAAUCUGUUCCACUUUCCCAGUUUGUGGGCUUAAUUUUAAGGCACUUGUCCGGUUUCUUUCCAGUUACAAUCUCAACAGGGAAAUGAGCUGUCUUGCAUUUUCUUUUCAUACUGCUAGUAAACGUAUUAAACUCAGUCAGCUGCUCUCUUUCUCCAGCUGGCUCAGAAAAUUGUCUUCCUGCCCAGAUUUGGCUUCCUUUUGGACAUUUCACCUCAAAGUAAAUUCUUUUUAUUUAUUUAUAUAUAUAUAUAUUUCUACUAGACAGUGGUAUGCCUGCCCUGCCUCCGCCCCCACAUUGAUUUAGGGAUAAACCCCAUUUGAUUGAAAAUGCUGGCAGGGAUUUGCAAGAGCCCCACCCGAAAGCUGCCCUCUUUUGCUCUUUUCUGGUCAUGGCUCUCGACUUUCUUCGAUGGAGGUCCAUCUCUGGUAGUAAGGUGUCCAUUUUCAUGGCUGACAUCGAUGAAGCGACUUCUGGGUUAGGCCCUGUGAGACAGUUGAUACCUGCUAGCAGAAUAUAGCAAAGGCUACCUACAGCUAGGGAAAUUUCACACCUUCUUUGCUUCACACACAUUACCCAGAAGUAAUUUCACCAAGUUCUCUAUUCUUUGAAUUCCAACUUGGAAGAAUUUGAAUUGGAAGCUAUUGAUGUUGCAGAUCCAGAGAGAUGAAUCUCUUUUCUCAAAGCAGGUGGAUGUUAGGUGAGCUCAGGUAUGUAGCCCUGAGGGCAAGGGGGCUGCUUUUAUCUUGUUACUGUUCGUUUUUUGAAUCCUUCACCUUUAAACGAAACAGCCCUUGUAGCUGUUUAUUUAGGGGCUGGCUUAUAUUUUGCAAGUGAACAGAACAUACAGGCUGCCUUGCCUCACUCCUACCCUAAUUUGUCCCACUUGAUGGUAAAGCUGCACGUUUCCUCCACAAACGAAUUGAAGGUGGAGGAAGACCAGGUGAGAUAUUACAACCGCAUUUCCACCCCCUUCUUUCUCCAGGGCCAGAGGAGGCUAACAGUUACUGAUUAUCUUCCUGAACGAUCGUAUUUUCUCUGAUUCUGAGAACUCAAAAUUCCUAAAGGAAGAUAUGGUUUGUUUCUGAUAUGGAUGGGUAGACUGAACACAACUGAAAUUCUGCAUUUCUGGGUCCUGGGGUGUAAAAAAAAAUGGCAAUUCGCUUUUAUCAUAAGAAGGUUUGGUUCCAGUCAUUCACUAGUAAGAGCAGCUUUACCCCUAUUUUUUUAUACAGACAGAACAUGACCCUAAUUUUCCCUCAGAAUUUGAAUACGUUGAGUGUGGCAAGGCGUUCUAGUAUUUUCUUUUCCUAAAGGAAACUUCAGCAAAGCCAGCAUUUGAAUCUGCAUUUGUUGCUUCUGCCUUUUAAACUUUUUCAGGUAUAUUCUUUGCAUAUCAAAAGGUCUUUUUUUUAACGGAACUUCGUUUUGUAGAAAGUUUGCACAAGAAAGGCCCUUGGAGCCCCAUGCUCUGUACACCGGCAGAAAGUGGCGAGGGUCAUGCUUUACAUUUCACCUCCUGCUCUGAGAUGCCCUUAAAACCAUGAGCGUGUGUGAGGGGGCUCGGUCUUUCAUCCCUCUAUACUCUGAAAACAAAAAUAAAAACAGGUGAUCCGUCAAGAUCCUUGCAGAGUUGCCCCCCAUAGAGCACAUCAGAACAGAAGCUGUUCUCUUCCACAGAUUUUGCUUUUACAACUCUCUGGUUGUGUUUGUGCUGGGCCUAGCCCUACUCCUUAUAGGAUCUACAAAAGUAUUAAGACUGCUGUGACUGGCACAGUUUGAUCCAGAGGGUUGGGGGUGGUCAGAAUCCAGAGGCAUCUUGAUUUAGGGACCGUGGUCCUUGUGGCUCUUCUACCUAAGCUGGAGAUCUUGAGCUGGCAGGCUGCAAGGGAACGGCGCUCCAAGCUUUGCCUGCCAGAUGCCAAAAGCGGAUGAAGGUUCCUACUGCUGCCUCCUGUGAGAAGGGUCAGCGUUCUGGGUUCAUUUCAGCCAA